UCUCUAUCCAAGAAAUGCUUACUAUCUGCCAUUUAUGAUGCAUCCAAAUGCAUAUCCGAAUUCAUAUACAUACGCAUGGGGUAGCCAGCCCCCACAAAUGACACCGUAUCCAACAACGUUCAUGUACUCUCCGUCAACUAAUGCGGAGAGUUCGGGCCAUGUUCAACAAACGAACCAGAUAUAUUCCUUUCUUAAUUUUUUUUUUUUUGUAUGUGUUCGUUGUUACCCGUUCUAACACUGUGGAUGAUUGCAGCCCCCACAAAUGCCACAUUUUCAACAACUUUCAUGUACCCUCCGUCGACUAAUGCGGAGAGUUCGGGCCAUGUUCAACAAACGAACCAGCCCCCACCAAUGCCACAUUUUUCAACAACGUCAUGCCCUCCGUCGACUAAUACGGAGGACUCGAUCCGUCCCAAACAAAUGGAUAGCCCUUUGUCGAGUACCGGAGAGGACAUGGGAAGCUUUGAAAAUACCCCAAGUAGUGCAGAGACAAAAGCCGAUGACAUAAUUCAAGAAAAUUCUGAUAAUGACCGAAUUGAGGAGGAGCCCAAACCUGGUAUGAAGUUUGUCACUGAUCAUGAGCUUAUGGCCUAUUACAUGAGAUAUGUCAAACAACAAGGUUUUGGUGUUAUAACACAAAGGAUGAAGAGAGAGGCUAAUGGGAGGGUGAAGUAUUUGACGAUUGGGUGUGCACAAGGUGGCAAGUACCAUCCUAGCCAUAGUAAUAUCUCGAGGCCACGCCCAACUAUUAAAACGGAUUGUAAGGCACGGAUAAAUGCUCACUUGGUGGAGGGUAGUUGGGUGGUGACCACUGUUGAGAUUGCCCAUAAUCAUAGUACUGUCAGCCCACAAAAGUCUAGAUUUUUUAGAUCUCAUAAGUGUUUAGACGAAUACAGCCAGAGGAUGCUUGAUUUGAACGACAGGGCAGGUAUUCGAAUGAACAAGAAUUUCGGGGCACUUAUGGUUGAUGCGGGGGGGUUCGAGAAUCUGCAGUUUCAAGAAAAAUAUUGUCGUAAUUUUAUUGACAAAACCAGACAAUUAAGGCUGGGUAAAGGUGGUGGCGAAGCACUUACUGAGUACUUCAAGAGGAUGAGGUUGCAGAAUGAUAAUUUUGUUUAUGUGAUUGAUGUGGAUGAGGAGUUGAGGUUGAGAAAUGUGUUCUGGGCUGACGCACAUAGUAGAGCGGCGUACGAGUAUUUCGGAGAUGUGAUCACCUUCGAUACGACAUACCUGACAAAUAGAUACGGUAUGCCGUUUGCUCCAUUUGUUGGGGUAAAUCAUCAUGGGCAGUCUAUAUUAUUAGGGGCUGGCUUGAUUUCAAGCGAAGACACAAAUACUUUUGUGUGGUUGUUUCCCGCAUGGUUGGAGUGCAUGGAUGGUCGCGCUCCAAAAGUAAUCAUAACAGACCAAGACCGAGCAAUGAAGAGUGCUAUUGCAGUGGUCUUCCCACACACUCGCCAUAGAUAUUGUUUAUGGCAUAUAAUGCGAAAACUGCCUGAGAAAUUGGGAUCUCACGCUGCCUUCGAUGCAGGGUUGAAAACUGCCAUCCAGAAUGCCCUAUAUGAUUCACAGAUAUGUGGUGAAUUUGAGGAGAAGUGGGGGCAAUUUAUUCAGAAGUAUGACGUAGGUGAAAAUGCAUGGCUGCAAGGGUUGUACAAUGAGAGGUCGUUUUGGGUACCAGUUUACCUUAAGGGAGUUUUUUGGGCUGGUAUGAGCACCACACAGCGUUAUGAAAACAUGAAUACUUUUUUCGAUGCUUUUGUGCAUUCUAGUACAACAUUGAAAGAAUUCAUCGAUUAAUUUGACAAUGCACUGCGGAAGAAGGUAGAGCUCGAGACGACAGCUGAUUUCAAUUUGUCUAACCAAACCAUCCCAUGUUCCUCCACAUUCCGCAUUGAAAAGCAGUUUCAAGCCGUGUAUACGAAUGCAAAAUUUAAAGAAGUCUAAAGAGAGGUGUGUGGAAUGAUUUUAUGUAACUGCAUACUUAUCAGCAAGGAAGGUUGCAUUCCCACCUACGAUAUUUUAGAUGAAAUUACCACU